AGCGGCUUCACUUCUGUUCGGGCGGCGGGGGCAGGAGCGGCGGCGGCGGAGGUCGUGCGGGCAGCGGCCGCCGCUCGGCUCGGAGAGGGGAAAAAGGGCAGAAAGAAGAAAGGGAGCGCAGCGGGCGGGCGGCAGGCAGCGCGGGGCGGGCUCAUGACUCAGUGAGCGGCCGCUGCCCCCCGCCAGCCCCUCGCCCGGCCGCAGCCGGGGCCGCCGAUACGGAUCGUCCCGCCGCCCGCGCCCCGCGCCAGCCGGAGAGCUCCGCUCGCAGUGCAGCAUCUGCCAUGUCUGCGGAGGGGCAGAGAGUUGAUGACAGUCCGAGCACUAGUGGAGGCAGCUCUGAUGGAGAUCAGCGUGAAGGUGUUCAGCCCGAACAAGAAAGGGAACAAGUUCAACCCAAGAAAAAAGAGGGCAAAAUAUCAAGCAAAACAGCUGCUAAACUGUCAACCAGUGCUAAAAGGAUUCAGAAGGAACUUGCAGAAAUUACAUUAGACCCUCCACCAAACUGUAGUGCUGGACCCAAAGGAGACAACAUUUAUGAAUGGAGGUCAACUAUACUGGGACCUCCAGGGUCAGUAUAUGAAGGUGGAGUUUUCUUCCUUGACAUUACCUUUUCACCGGACUAUCCUUUUAAACCACCUAAGGUAACGUUCCGGACAAGGAUCUAUCACUGUAACAUUAACAGCCAAGGCGUCAUCUGCCUGGACAUUUUAAAAGACAACUGGAGUCCAGCAUUAACCAUUUCUAAAGUUCUCCUCUCCAUCUGUUCCCUCCUCACAGACUGCAACCCGGCUGACCCCCUGGUUGGAAGCAUUGCCACUCAGUAUAUGACUAACAGAGCAGAGCAUGACAGAAUGGCCAGACAGUGGACCAAGCGAUACGCCACAUAGGAACCUCCUCUAGGAUUUGCUGGACCUGUGCAAGCACAUUCACUAAGUGCUUCAAUAGCCCUUCCCUUCAUUCUUAUUUUUUAUUAAAUUUUGAACCUUUUCUUUUUUGUUUUGUUUUUAUUUUUAUUUGUUUGGGUUUUUUUUGUUGUUGUUCUGUUAACUUGAAAGCUGUUUCCCUCAAAUGUAGACAGGGAAUUUUGGUUAUCAGUGCAAAGAAUGUUGGAUCUGUAAUAGUAUAGAGCUUUGUCACGAAGCUUUGUAUUAAUGUGUGUUUUUUUUUCUUUCAUGUGUUUUUUGGGAAAACAAACAAAUUCAGAAUUAUAUCUCGUUUCUACUUAAAUGUAGUGUUUAGGGUUAUUUUUUUGUACUGAAGUCUUUAAUGGUGGGUGCAUGCUACUGGGAACAAGUUUUGUAUAAAAGCUUAAAAUCAAGAAUCACUGUGCAUUACUAAGACUGUGUUUAUCACUAGCCUUCUGUUUCCCACACAAAAGGCUAUUGCAUUGAACAAAUUAAUAUGUAUUUUGAUUUACUUAAAAGAAAAGUGCUUGUAAAUUUCUUAGGGACCUGCCACUUUUGACUGUGGAUCAGUUGAUGUACACUUGUAUUAUUAAAGCACUCAAUAAAACACUGUGGCUGAUAAAUGCACUUUUUGCAAGACGGUGCUUUCGCGUUUGUGCAGCGUAGACUGCACAGCCCUCACACAAUAUGACUGCAGGUUAAGCAAUUAUUUUUAGACCUAAACUAUUCAUUUGUUCUUAACGGUAUCUUUCUUAACUUAGAAUUUUCUUUGUUGCGCGUAUCUUUUAUAUACAAACAUCUUCUGCAUUUUAAGGCCAUUCUUUCACAUGCCGGCGCUCAGCUCAGCUAUUCUGAAGCCUCUUGCUGUAUCUUUUGUACUAUAGCUUCACUGUAUCCAUCUUGUUACUUUUUUAAUGGUUGACUAUAAAAAUAGCCUUGCAAUGAAAGCAGAAUAUUGAUGAUGAUUUUAUACAGCGGGCUUCGUUUUGCCUUUCUCCAAGCUCUUUAAUUGUAAAAGCAACUGUUAUUUGAAAAAUAAAUGAAGGUUUUCGAUGGGAAAAUUGAGCCCAUUGCACCAAUCAUUCCCAGCACGUUCAAGGCAAGGGUAUUUCUAUUCAGAUUUGACCUUCAGGCUAAUUUUAGAUAUGCAGCCAUAGAAGGAAAACUUCUCCUUGGCUAAGGAAAUGCGUGGGUGUUGUGAUUUAGAAAAUAUAUACUGUGAUGCUGAUAUCUAAAUGUUCUUUGUGUUGCAAUGGCAUCCUGGAAAAUCCCUGUCUCAUAUAAUUAAAUGUUACAGAUGCCAUAUACAAUCCUUGGCUGCCCUCUCUUUCUCUCUUUUCCUCUUAUGUUUAAAGAAGAUUUUAUCUUAAGGAAGAUACAUUAUAAUAGGAACAACAUAAAGAUACAGGGAGACCCAAUCCCAUUACAUGCUAACCCAAAUCCAGCCUUCCUGGAAAUGAAAGAAGUCAAGGUGACACCGUAGGUCCCCUGUGGCAACCACUGAGGCACAGCAUGUCCAGGCUGUUCUGGUUUUCCCUCAGCCAUUUGCUCAUAGCUGAACAGUCAUACAGUUUGAAUCUACAGGUGAGUUGUCUUCUACAUGAAGAGAAACUGAACAGUGAUUUUGACAUAGGGAGUAUAUGAUAACUACUGCCUCAAGAACCGUGAGGAUCUUGACAAAAUAAUCAAUCUGUUUUGGUCAAAACAAAUGGGGAGCCUUCUGGUGUCUGCAGAAGCCAACUGCCUACAGACCCAGUCAUGCAAGAUUUUGAGGCCAAGAGAUCCCAGAUACAGAUUUAAAAGAAUAAAAGUUAAAGAAAAAAAAAAAAAUAAUUGAAAGACAGACUUCUCUGAUCUAGAACACCUUUUUGGAACAACCACUGUAUGUGCUUCCCUUGGAAGAUGUUUCCACCAUCCAAUUUACCACAAAGUAUAUUCCUGCUGUAAAAAUACAACAAAGGAGCAGAAGGAUUAGAAGGACAACUACAUCUUUCCCAGUAGAGUAACAGCAUUACUUGUGCUGUUAUCGUAUUUGCUAAAGAGAUUCAUGCCAUGAAAAACCUUUAUCCCCUGAGACAGCAAUUAAUGACCAAUUUCAGAUUUCUUAUGAAUUACUGUAAGCAUCUGCUGCUCUGCAGUCUGUUUUUACACUCAGCUGAACAGAAUGCAAUAAUUUCCUAGGUACAUUUGAAAAAGAAAUGUUUCUACUAACAUCUAUUGUUUUGCCAAAAUAUAAAGAAGACAUGAACAGAAGAGCCUAUUCCACCUUUAAUGAUGCUGUAACUGAAGGACAGCUGAGGUACCUUGGUAGAGGAACUACUGAAUGCUUCAUAGAAGUCUGCUCCAGCUCACCUUCCUCACUUAUCAAACGCUGUGCAGUUCAGGCUUUCAGGUAGGUUGCCCUCUGUGUGAAGGUGAAUGCUGGCUUUGUCAUAGAUGAUAUAAAACUACUUCCUUAAGAACGGUGCAGAUCUCAAAGAAAUAAUCAGAAGACAUCAACCCACAUUCAUUAAAGCAGAUGCAGAGUCUUCUGGCAUCUUCAGGAGCCAAAUGUUUGCAAGUCUGGUCAUAAAACAUUCUCCUCUAUUUGCAAAUCUACUCUGUUUGCCUCCCAAGUAGUUUUUUUUUUCCUUCAUCUGCUGAACCUGGGAAAUGGAAAGCAUUAUUUGAAUCUUGCUGUUGUUGCUGAGGAGAAAUGAGCCAUCCCCAGCAGAUUUCAGCCUGCCACCAGAGCCUCACUGGAAAAUAAUAUCUUGGCAUAGUCUCUUCUUCUUUUUUCCUCUACAAAAAUGCUGCACAUUAUUCCAUCCAGCUCUUGUUUUUCAGGUUCUCUGCAAAUUUAUCUCAUUCUUGCUUCAUCUUUUAUGUCAUAUCAUGUUCUAACUUUUUUAAAUGAAGUCCACACACUGCCCUUCUGCAGCUGGGUAUGAAGAUCAUUCAGGUGACACACAGUAUAACACGUUCAACAGCAUAGAGUUGGCUGAAGCUGGUCUUUAAAGACAUCUUACAGCUUUUGUAACUUCAGCUGCAAUAACCAGUAAACACACAUUGAUUUUCCAGUUAGCACUGAUAAAUAUCGCUGUAGCACAUCCUUGAUUUCAGCUGUGAUGAAGCAGAAUUCAGGGACCUCUCCAAACUGUAUUCCCCCUUUCUUUAAUCACUGAGAUGGUUUUCACAUCCCUGGUGCAGCUGACUGGCUGAGUUCCCUUUCCAGAGCAUAACAACAUAGCUUAGUACCCCACAGUAUAACAUAGUACCCCAAAACAUCCUGUAUUUCCAGAGAUAGUAAUUGCAGACUGCUCCAGGAGUGAAUUUUAGCAGCUCAUAACAUUUUUAAUUACAUGCAUUGUGGGUGAUUGCAGCCAAAUGGUUACAAGCCAUUAAAAACAGCUGCUGUGCUAUGCAUAAAGCAGGAAUAAUUCCUGCUCAAAAAUCUUGCUGCAGGUUUCCAGCUGUGAGCUGCAGGUAGGCAGUGGUGCUCCUCUGAAAGCAGAGGGUGUUGCUGGCCCAGCACACCCUGGGUGGGGUGUGGGCUCUCAGCUGUUAUCUCAGCUCACUGUUACAGAAUGCACCAGGCUCAUGGCCAUUUAAUCUCUGUCAUUAAUCCCUCUGACUCACUUCUCUUCUCAAACGCCCUCUCCUCUCCGGCUGCUUUCUUCUGCUUGAUCGAUUCAGUACUCUCAGCUGAAAAACCACCUUAAAUACUGAUCCCAGUUCAAACAGCUCUUCCUGAAGCUGCCCAGGAAUUUAGAUUUCCUUCUUCCCUAAUGACUAUGCCCAUAAAGUGCCCUAGGCCCCUCUGCUCUCCUUUCCCUGAGGCAGUGCUUCCUGCAGCAGUAAAACCAGAUAUAGUUCUCUCUGCGAUGAGGAUGCUAUGGGGGGCUCUGACUGUGUAGCAGUUCCCAGCUACUCCAGCUUCAACGUGUCCUGGGGCCCUUUUUCUCCUUCUCAGUUCUCAGAAAUCUCUCUUCUCCUUUCCUUACAGCCAGACACCUUGCCCCAAGCCCAGGGCAUUUUCCAGUGUUUUGUGUUGGGCAUGUUAGAACAAGGACUUUGAAUAACAUUUCUGGCAACUCCCAGGUCCAACUGUCCAGCCUUGGCCACUGUGGUUGCCACAGAGCCACCUCUACGUGCUGGGUUUCUGUCCUCAAUUGCUCUCUGUCCUGGUCUCUUCUUUUCCUUGCCUCUACAACACCAGUACCAUAUCUUGAAGCGCUCUUCUUUCCUCUCAGUGACAGCUCUGUUUGUGCUCCCGUGCUAACAAAACUGUGUCAUGUAACUCUGGGCCUCCCAGAGCUGCAGAUUUUGGGGUCUUAGAAGCAAGAUAAAGCUCUGCAUGAACUAAGUGCUUCCUCAUUGUGUCACGCCUGGCACUGGCUGUAAACUAAAUCACUUCUCCCACAUGUCAUUAGCAGUAAUGAAAUCCGUGCUGCCCUGCUUCCUUAGCAUGACAUCCAUAUGCAAAUACAUUUCCUCAGCUCAAAAGCUCUGCAGUCCCAGUAGCC